ACAAAGCACAACAGACUAAUUCAAACAGAGCUGAGUGAGAGAGGAACUGGAGUUUCAGAACCAUGGACAGCAAGAUUGUCCUCUUCAAGCUGCUCUGUGCCAGUCUGCUUAUUGCCUGCCUGUGCAAUGCCCAGUCCUCCAGGGAAGUGUCUGAAGAAGACUUUGAUGGCAACAAAUCACCCUCUUCUUCUGAAAGAGAGUUGGUUGAAGCAAUGGAGGAGCUCUUGGGAAAAUUUCAGGACAGGCAUCCGACCUAUCAAAAGAAAGCUCAGAUACCACUGUGUGACAUUGGCGAGAGAUGUGCAGUGAAACAAGGACCUAGAAUUGGCAAACUCUGUGACUGCUCCCGUGGAUCAUCUUGCAACUCUUUCCUGCUGAAGUGCAUAUGAAUGUGAGUUUGUUUCCAGAACGUGCAUUCUCUAGCAGCACCGGGGAAGAGAUCAGCAGUCAACGUGUCUGCUUAUAAAAGCCUGCCUGUCAUUUUUAGGGAAUCCAGAGACACAGAUUCAAUAGUAAUUUCAUGUCCACAGUUUUUCUCAUUAUUUGGAAUUGCUAAUAAAUAUCUCAUGCAUU